AUGGCUGACAAGGGCAAGGCGGAGGGCAAGAAGGAAGAAGAGAAGAAGAAGCCCAAAAAGCCAAAGUCACCGCAGCCCAAGAAUGAAGUGGGCACUAGGAAGAAGUGUCGCCGGUACCGGUGGGAGCUCAAGAGCAGCAACAAAGAGUUCUGGGUCAUGGGGCACGCCGAGGUCAAGUACCUAACUGUGGGCUGCCUGGUAACGGCGUUGAUCCUUUUCUCGGGGUUGUCCGCGCAUCCCGUCUUGACGCUCAUCAUCACCAUGGAGCUGUCCAUCCUUAUAUUCCUCAUCAUCAUCUACACCUUCGCCAUCAACAGAUACAUGCCCUUCAUCCUGUGGCCCAUUUCAGACCUCCUCAAUGACCUGGCUGCCUUUUGUUUCCUCACGGGGGCCGUGAUCUUCGCUGUGAGAAGUCGACCAACCUUGCACAUGCACUACUUCAUAGCCGUGAUCUGUACUGGUGUGGCUGGACUAUUUGCUUUAAUCGAUGUAUGUCUUCAGAGAAGGCACUUCAAGGCCAAGAGGGUCAAAAAGACUGUGCUGGUUCCUCCUCCACCAAAGAAGACCAAGGAAGAUGAAAAGCAACCUGAAGCAGGCAAGCCAAAGGAACCUGAACCAGAAAAGGCAGCUGAACCAGACAAGAAAAAGGAAAAUAAAUGACUGGAAGGACACUCCUAUUGUCAGAAAUGGCAGUGUUAUUUUACAAUAAAACCUAUUU